GUUCGCCAGUUGGCACAGUUGAGACCUGACCCAGUAGCAGACAGCGUGUUGUGAACACACUCGCUGAGGAUAAUAUUUUACCUAUGCCGAACCAGUCAGUGAGUGUGUGUUUUCUUCGUUCCUGAUUUUAUUGUUUAAUCGGAGUGUACAUUUAAAGGGUUAACCGAUAGACUUUUUAAUUCAGGAUAAUGCAUUACUUCUGUUAUAAUUAGAUCUAGAUAGAUGUUCAUUCCUUGGACUCCAGUUGUGUAGUGUAGUCAUUAAAGAGUUAUUGUUUUUGUCAGUGUUAGUUAUUCAAUUUUUGUUUUCAUUUUCCUCUAGCUAGCUGAGUCUAGCUGUCUAAAGUGUCUAGCUAGAUCUAGUCUAGGUUCUAGAUUUAGAUCUAGAUAUUUAUGCCUACACCAUAUUAAGGAGUACAGUAGGUAAAAGUAAAGUAUUAUUACAUAUAAUCUAGACCUAGACCUUGAUCAUCUAUAGUGCAAAGGAAAAAGGUACACCUUCUCGUCAUGACAGGAAAUCGAUCUAUUUUGAAGAUGGAAUAUUUCUCAAUAUGUUUUCUUAUCAUUGUUUUUUUGUCAAAUUGUGUGUUUGCUAUUUUACCGUGUGGUUCGGUUUCCGAAGUCUAUGGUAAGCGAGUUGGUUCAACUGAGGAUGUACCAGGUCACCCAUUAUCAGGUGCUGUUCUGUCAGAGUGUGCUAGCACUUUGCUCUAUACCAACGGAACCUCCUGCUGCAGUUCUGUUAUGGAACGGAAAUUUCUGCAAGCCGCAGAGGAUUACCUCAGGGAACACAUACAGAUGAUCAACUCCAGGCUCAAGUCCAGGAUUACUCAGAGUCUUAAAUUGUUUCAAGAGCACUUACACGAGUCGGUCAAGGAGGCGCAGAAUAGAAUGUCCGAGAAACUGACAUCAUUGUACAAAAUACCCAGGGACGUCCACAAGAAGAUCAUGGACGACUUUUUCAGUCAGCUCACCCACUACCUCAACGGCGAGGGCCGCUCUGGCAUCACCGAGAUCAUCGAGGGCUUCUUCAGGCAUCUUUUCCCUUUGGUCUACGACUACGUCAUCAUGGACUCGUCCAAAACCGCCCACGGCGGUCGAGAGUUCCACGCUUGCCUGAUGAGCCACUACACCGCCGUGGAACCCUUUGGCAACCUGCCGGCGCACCUCGGGAAGAAAGUCUCGUUCGCUUUCCAGCGCGCUAGGGUGUUCACGGAGACCUUGAAGAUAAUGAUCCACACGGUGAACGCCAGCGACAAAGUCACCGUGGACAACGAGUGCAAGAGGGCAGUGGCGCGGCUCCAGUACUGCUCCAUGUGCAGCGCCAGGCAGGAGACGAGGCCCUGUCGUGGUUUCUGCAUCAACGUCAUGAGGGGCUGCCUGUCCAAGAUCUCCGAAAUUUCGUCCUCGUGGGACGACCUGGUCAUCGCUUUUCAGAACCUCCAGGUGGGCAUGUUCAAGCAGAGUACCGCCCAGGAGUUGCUCUCGUAUAUGGAUAUCAACAUCACGGACGCCAUGCUGCAGGCCAGCGAAGAUGGACCUAGGAUAUACAAAGAGGCCACGUCUCGCUGUAAAAACACUUCGGAAGAUUCCAAAAUGGUCUUCAAAAAAUUGCCAGCACCGACACCGACCUCCUCCACGCACCCUCCCGCCAGCCACGCCAAGUCCAUCAGGGCGGACAUCAGCACUCUAGUAUUACACCUGGAGGACUCCAAAGGGUUCCUCCACCGAAUAGCCGACGGUCUGUGCAAGACACCCAUCAUCUAUGAUCAGGAGAUGCAGAGUGAGACCUGUUGGAACGGAUCAACAGUCGGCAGGUACAUGCAUUCUGUCCCUGAAGCCCACAUCAUUAGCCAAGUGCAGAGUAACCCAGAGGUGAAAGUGACAUUGAUUCCUGACACCCACUUAAUUCGCAUUAAGGAUGUUCUGGUACACAUGAACAAGAACAUCAGCGGUUUAUUCAAUGAAGAACUGAUGCUGAACGAUGUGUCUUACAAGAGUCUGACUGGCAGCGGGGAUGGAUCAAAGUCUAACCGAGAUGUCAUCAUUGAUGAUGAGGAUUUUGAUACAUCUGGGGAGGGCAGUGCAAGCAGCGGUGAUGAUACAACCACCAAAGAUAUUGAAAAUGGCUUUAUAACACCAACAUCCAGUCCAGAUAUAAAGAUUCAAGGUCACUCCUCACCCAGGAGUCCCCACCAUCCAAAGGCUCCCGACGGCAAAGGAAACACAGGCAGCUCAAGACAUUCUCCACCUGUCUUAUUGCUUCUCUGUGCUGUGUUAUUUCUUCAGAUGACGUCCUCCUCUACCUUAUAACCCUAUGUACUUAGGAUUGUGAUUGUAUGCAAACUUUACCCUGUGCGAUUGUGACUGAUAGCUGUAGGACAGGGGUGGAGGAAAUAUGUGGCUACUGCUGUUUACACUCGAUUGAUGAUGUUUUAUUCCUCCAGCAAACACUUUUUCUGUACGGGGGAACACAAUUUGGGUGGGUCUUACUAGAAAUAGGCCAAAAAUUCCAGAAGAUGUAUCAGAAUGUAUAUUAAGCAAAAGUACUAUGUUUGACAUAAGCUCUAAUAGGUUAGAAAUUAGAUGCCAUAGAAUGAUGCCUAUUAUGAUUAAGUUGUUUAUUUUAAUAGCCUAGAGAUCUUCAUGUUUUGCCCACCUCUGCUGAUUGAGAUUGUGAUAAAGUGGUGACUCUUACAAUGUUUUUUUUUUUGUUUUUUUUUUUUUGGUGCUUUCCAUGAGAAGUUGUAAAUGUUAGGAAUAAGACAAUGUGUGAAAGUUUUUAUUUGGCUUGCGCAGUUAGUGAGCUAAGAAAGUCUGCUGUGGACUAUACCAUGAGAUUCUAUGUUGUAUUGUAAAUAGUUUCAUUUUACAUGACCUACUGAUAAAAUUGUGUAAAAUAUUUUUCAUAUUUUAUUCAUCAUUGUAUAAUAUGCAACAUAAAUUUGUACUGUAAUCAAACUUUUUUUUUCCUCUUUUCAGUUUCCUAUUGCUUCUCAUGUUUUUUUUUUUAUUAGAUUUUCUUCAAUGGAUAGUUUCAUAUAUAUAUUUAUAUAUAUAUACACCUGUAUAUAAAACUUUGUGUCUAGGCUGCAGAUCACUAACUAAAGUUGUGCCAUUGACAAGAGUGUAACAUUUUCCUCUCAGAUCAUGGGAUUAUCCAGACUACAAUUAAGGAUACCUGUUUAGGAAUCACUCACACUGUGUAAAGGGAACUUGUUUUAAUUCACGACUGUUUCCAUUUUCAAAACUGUCAUUUCAAAUGUAACCUGUUCACUUUCUCAUAAAACGUUUCUACUUUUGACAUCUGAUUGUGCAACUGGUAUACAAACAAACAAUUUGUUUGCUGAAUUAGUUUCAUUUAGCAUAUGAUAUUUUUUUUUGUUUUGUUUCUUCAAAUGUCUCAGUGCCUUUAUUUUCACCAACAUGAUUCACAAUUUUCGACUGUAUACUCUGAAUUAGUUUAUUUAUAAUGACUCACAUAUUAAUUUCUUUUUAUAUUAAUGUAUCUCUUGAAAAUUAUUGUGGUAGCUUUUUUUGUUUUAUUCAUUUAAUUUCUGAAUAGUACUUUAAACAUUUACACAAAUAAAAUUAUUUUCUAUUCAUGGUAAGGAAGGUGGAUUUUUGAUGGCUAGUGGAUUCUCACUAGACCUUACUUUAAUUUCUCCAUCCUCAAAUUAUUUCAUAUUGUGAUUCAUAUAUUAGCAUAGAGAAAUCAGAGCUUCCUAAUUUAAAUGUUUUUGAAAUCAUUUGUUCCUUUUCAAGUUUUUCUUCUUUUUAAUUUUUUUUCCAAUUGUUUGCUAAAAAGGAAAAAAGGUUUUGCAAGCUUUUUUUCAUUUGUUAAAAUUCUUUUUGUUUGUGUCUCAAUAAAAGAAAAGCCUAUAUAUAUAGUAACUCCUUCAUGAUCAGAGAUGAGCACAUUUCUCAUAUCCUAUGAACUCGAAGAUGACUGUAAAGUCCAAUCCUCACUUUAAAAGGCCAACCCCAUAAGUGGCAUGAGUAGGUUGGUCAGUUGCAGAUAGACCUGCUUCUUCUCUCAGCUUUUUGUUGGUUUGGUGCUCUUUCGCCCUGGCCACUCUUGCUUCAUAUCUUGUGACCCACGACACUCAGCUUCACGCCAUGAGGAGCUCUUAAGGGUGUCUUUAUAGCGCUUGUAUUGACCCCCCCCCCCCCCCCCCCAGUGAGCGAUUUCCUGCACACAGCUUCCCGAACACAAGUCUGGGAACAUGGGAGAUGAGAAUGUCACUUGCGGGAUGAAAAGUUAUUAAAGUGAGGGAGAUUUGUGCUGCAUCAGUCUCACUCUGUCUGAAUUUUUCUGAGGUGGAUGAAAUGUGUAUUAUGUACGUAGAACUUCUAUUUCAAGCUAAAGCUUUAUGAAGUGGAUGCUUUUGAAAAGGAGUUUUUUUGUGUGAUUGAAUUACUGCUAGUGGUCAGUCAUUAUUAUAUUUAAUAUUAUUUGUUUGUGUUGAUUAGAUGCAGACAUGUAUUAAAUUAUGUUGUUGUUUUUUUUUUGUUUUUAUUUUUUUGUAAAAAAAAAAAAAGUUUUUCUAAUAUGUCAACUUUUUUACCUCCCUUUACAGCAUUGUUCACAUAGAUUUGUUCUCUCUACAUUAUAAGUCUAGGUUAUAUCUUUUUUGUAAAAAAAAAGUUUUGGGAUGAAUGAUUGUAUAAUGACAUACUGUAUUGUGCAUAUGCAUGUAAGAAUUAUAUAAAUAUAUUUUUUUUUUAAAGAUAACAAUAAUAAUUUUGAAGAAUGUUCAGAAGAUUUUUUUAAUUGUAAAGAGAUAAUAAAUGGACAAAAAGAAAGUAAGUAAAGUUCCCUUUUCAGACCUUGCGAUCUAUAGGGCAGAUGAUGUAAAAGGUCAUCUGUUUCUGUGGCCCACAUUAACAAUGACCAUCCGAAUUUACUUUUCCUUAACUUAUGUCAGGUUGAGCUGGGUGGGCUCAGAGGCCCCCUAAAGAUUUUGAAAUUAAAACUCCCAGUCUUCACCAGGAUUCGAACCCAGGACACAUCUUUUAAAUGAAUAUUAGAAUAACAUCAAAUCAAAUUCAAAUUUUUUAGAUCUUACAAUCUAUAUUGUGGAAUUGAAACAUUAACCAUUCUCAAAAAACAAUAAAAAAUUUUAUGUUUGUAGAAUAAAAAAUGAAAUUUUUUAAUACAUUUUUUUUAACCAAUUAUUUUCAUUAUCAUGUUGUUUUUUUAACUUAUCCAGUAUUUGUUUAAUGUUAUUUGUGUUGAUUAACUUUACAUUAAGAAUGUGUCCAAUACAAACUUUGUUGAUGUGAUAAAUAAAUACUUAAAAAAACAUGUUUAUACAUAAUAUUGAGUAGGUAGUUAUUUGGAUUAACAAUGUCAAACUUGGUCAUUCCCCAUAUGUUUUGUUUUACCUUUACUUAACUUUGUCACAUAGACAUUUAGUUUCAAACUUUCAAAAAAAAAAAAAGCUUAUCAUCAUUAAUUACUUUUAUUUAAAAGGCUACAAUAGCAUUUGAAUUGAUUAAUCAUUUAUACAACUUAUAAGCAAAACAAAUUACUAAGGGUUGUUUAGAGAAUUGACAUUUUAGUUUGAAGUAUAAUGUAUAAAAUAUAUAUGUGUAGCUUAUGUUACAUAAAGACUUUUAAUGAUUACAACCAUAAGAAAGGACAACUUGGAAGUUUUGUUGUAUUACAAUUUUUCUCAUAAAAUUGUCAAAACCUAAACAUUAAUUUUGUUUCAACAGUUAUUGAAUGAAUUCAAGUUUUUAUUUCCCAUAUUUCAUUACUAUUGUAUAGGCCUAGUCACAUAGUUCUUUGGUUCUAAGGUUUUCAUUUUUUUUUUUCCUUCUGGUGCUAAAACAUUAUUUUUAAUUAGGUCUACAUUUAUAUUGUAUAUCAAAGUAAAGAUUAAAUAAACAAGUCUACAAAUCUAUAUAUUGAUGAUGCUUUUUCUUCCUUAAAUAUUUGAUUUGCUCCAUGGAACCCCUCACUGCUAAAUAUUCUGUCCUCCAUAUUAUGGCUUGGGUAAAAUUUCAAUUAGGGGUUUGAUAAGCUAAACUUUAUAUAUACUUUCAUUGUACAAAGUACAUGCUGGGUUCAAAUAGAAUGAUUCACAUUGUACCACAUGUGUUUAAAGAACUGAUGCUAUUUCUUCAACUCAACUGCCUAAGCCUACAGUACUACAGUUGUGUCUCUGCCUUUGUGGAAUAAGCCAAGAACAUAUCGCUCUCAGUGUUGUGUUGACCUCACCCUGCAUGUAGGCCUACUUAAGUCAUUUUGUUAGGUACCAUACAAUUUUAUUGUCAGUUCUUGUUUAUUGUGUACAUAUAUAACUGUCAAUGCUUUUCAGAUUCUUUCGUUGUUGUUUUUUUAAUCCAUUAGUUCAUUUCAAUGGCAUGAAUGUAAAAAAAAAAAAAAAGAAGAGUGCAUUCACUCAUUAGUUCAAUGUAAAUAUUUUUUUUAAGUUUUGUGCUAUUUAUUUUAUUUUAGUUCUAAGUUUUACUUCAAACUGAGUUGGAAUUUUAAACCAUUUCAUUAACUCGAUUUCACACCCAAGUUUAUUCGGGUUAAAAAAUACAACAUCUAGGGGAGAGCAAUCAAAGUCUUUCAUCUUCCAUUUUGUUUAAUUUAAAAUAAGUUGUUUGGAGUUAUGCACGGUCUUUGGACACAAAACAAAACACAUUUUACUGUCAUUUUUUUUUCUCUUAUAUUUUCUAUCCAAUGACCAUAUUACUAUCUUUGUUGUAUGUGUUUGUAAUGGAUUAGAACAAUGACAUUUCUCUACAUAAAAUGUGCAGACAAUGAAAAAAACAAGAUCUGACAGGUGGCUCUUUUUAAAGUGUACACAUUUGAACCGUUUUAAGUUUUGCGUUUCUUCAAUAUUGGUUGAGAAGUUUCUAGAAGAGCCUAUUGUGUAUAGUCAAGUGACUUUAUUACAUGAUAUUUAACAUUUUAUUUUAUAAUUUGUAUUAUUAGUGUGGAUAUCCAUUUUUAGUCUGACAUGGUGAAUAUAAAUAUUGACUUGCCAAAGUAGGUUUGAUUCAGAUCUAACAAAGUUAAGGAUUUAAACUCCACAAAAUGCAAAUGAGAGUUGUUAAAAUUGUUUCCCUUGAAGGAGGUUCUACAAAUGGAUUGGGCACACACUGCUCCAUGCCAACUAGACUCUCUGCUAUGUUCCAUCUCUGUCAUCAUGUGUAACACCUUCAGGGUUUGUUUCUCUUUGUCUUGUAUCUCUUUGUUCCAUUGAAAUUGUGUAGAAACAGAAUGCAUACACAGUUCUAUGCCUUUGGAAAUAUUUUGUUAUCAGUUGAGAAACUAGGUGAAACAUUUUAAAGCUUUUUUUUGUUUGUUUAUAAUGCAAUAAACUCUAUUUAAACAACA